AUGGAGGAGGAAGGAGGCAUCACUCUCAUCACCAUCAUGAACACGGAGAAAAGGAACACAAGGGCCACAAAGGACACCAUCACCACCAUAAAGGAGAACAUGGUGAUCACGGAAAACCACCACUCUGGGCAUCAUCAUGAGCAUGGCGGUGGUUACAAAAAACACUGGGAUGAACACGACCAUCACGGUUAUCAUCACGAACAUGGACAUCAUCAUAAAGGCGAAAAACACGGUCAUAAAAAACAUCACGACAAGGGGGAGAAAACCGAUGGUUACCACAAAAAUACCACAAGGAUCAUCACUUCUACGAUGACCACUAUCAUGAAGGCAAGCAACACAAGCAUGGUAAGCACCACGGCCAUCACGAAAAUCAUGGAGGAGACCACAAAAAGGCAGGUCAUCAUGAAAGUGGACAUCAUGAACACCAUCAUGGCAAGCAUGGUCAUCAUGACAAGCAUAAUUACGAUGAAGAUCACCACGGUUACAAGGGACACCAUGGACAUGAAGAGCAUCAUCACCAUCACCAUGACCACGGCAAGAAAGGUGGUCACCGGGUAA